AUGCCAACUAUGUGGGUCGGCGAUGAAUCCGACGCGUUGUCGUUGGAAGGUUCUGUUGUGCAGCUGAAAUUGACAUGCUCCAAAUACGGUGAGGGAGCAUAUUGCAUUGCAUUUCGAAUUGCUGGCGUUCAUGUAAACAGUAAUUUAUUUUAUCAUUUGUCGGAGCGAGAAUGGAGUCAAAUUGAGUUGAUUGUCUGUUUUCUGUUGGCAAUACUGCUGAUCCUUACCAUCUUCGGCAGUGUAAUACUAUGGAGUGUAUGCUGGCGAAUGAAAAAAGGUCGACUGAUUGCCCAAAUACAAACACAGUUUCUGUUCCACUUAAAACAUCAACAGAUGUUUAUGGAGGAACAGAUAACAGCAAUAAGAGCAAAUUAUAUCCGUCAAAUGGACAGAACUUUGGAAGAACGUUUACAGUCCGAAUGUCCGACUAAACGAAAGCUUUACUUUAACGCCGGUAACUGUUUUAGCUUUACGCGCAGCUGUUCAACCCCGAAAAUUUUCCGGAAAAAGAAAGCAAGACUUUUAAUUUGUUUUACAGAAUUCUUGGAACCCGAAGUCAUGGCAAAUCCACCGCCCGUAGCUCAGCAGUUUAUCAUUGAACUGCGCAAAAUGAUUGAUAUUGCUAAAGAAAGGAUUCGACUUAAGCGACAUACACCGACCUUAGAUGCUAUAAAGGAAGAGGAAUGUGAAGAUGAGCAUUCCAUAAAUAUCCCGUUACCAGAAAAUGACGAGAAAGAAGAGAAAAAUGAAGAAUCUUCGCCAAAGUCAACAAAAUCAUCUGAUUCUGGUGUCGAUUCACUGAGCGAUGAGGAAAGUAAAACAGAUCAGAAAUCACUAGACAUACCGAUGGAGGAAACCAGUGAGCCAGAAAAACGACCAGCCAGCCGAAUACCUGUGGUAUCAAUAACAAAGAACAAGUUAGUGAACCGCAUCGCACCGACGACACAACCAUCACGAUUGCCAACUUUUGAAUACGGUAAAGUUCGGCCCAGCUUGGCUAAUUUAUCAUCAGUUUCCCCGAAAACGGCAUCGUUGUUAAAAGCGCCAAAGACGAUGUCAGAACAUUUUGAAAGCAGCAGCAUAAUCACGGAAGAAAUAAGCGAUACUUCUAUACUGAAUGCGUCAACGGUGUCGGCGCUAACUCCAUCGAAAAUUCCGUCGCCACGUACCGUGUCGUCUACAGCAGAAGUUGCCGGUGAAGCGGUAUCCAAUGUACCUCCGCCACUUCCAGAAUCUUCACCGCCACAAUUACCAUCAAAUGUACAGGAUAGAAUCAAAAGUACUAGGCGGAAAACUUACGCAGUUUUUCCCAGUGAAUCAAUGCUAAAGAAAUCAUUACCCAGGCGAAUCCGUCGUCCCGUUCAGUUACAACAGUACUUAAAUGCUGCAGAAAUUACUGAACCGUCUUCUUAA